AUGUCCCGCGAACCGUUGCUACCAGAUUUGAACGCAUGUAGCCAUGAUCAAGGUUAUAGGUCUCCGUUUUAUGAACCCGGUUACGUUCCCUCGUACAGACAGGAAGAAUAUGGCAAUAACGUUUUCGUUAGUGGUCCCUCGGGAGUACAAGGAGACCUUAGUCACCCUUCUUACGUGCAAGAGUCAUUGGGUGACGAUCCAGCCGUGCAAGAGUCAUUGGGAUUUUUAUCCCGCAAUGAUAUGGAAAGUUGGGUAAAACGAAGGGGUUUAGCCAACGGAUACAUAAUUGUUACCAGACGGUCCAAGGAUAACCGGGUGUGGCUCCAAUGUUGUCGUAGCGGCGAGCAUGAGAGUAAGGCCACGAUUAGGAAAACCGGCAGCAAAAAAUGCGCGUGCCCUUUUAUGGUGAUAGGUUGUCUGGACCGGGGCAGUAUGUCUUGGCGGAUAGAUUAUUUGAAAAAAAAAAUUAACGAGGCGCACAACCACGGCCCUGCUGAACAUCUGGAGGGUUACGCGUAUGCCAGGAGGCUUACUCCUAAUGAGUUUAGGCUGGUGCAAGAGCUGACAGAUCAAGACAUACAGCCCCAUACAAUCUGGAAGGCCGCAACCGAACAGAACCCUGAGAACGUAUGUGUUCCGAAAGACAUACACAACGCUUGCCAAAAGAUUAGGGCCGCAAAGUUCGAGAAAAAACCGUCUCCCAUGCAGCGACUAGAACAAAUCCUCCAGGAAAAAAAGAUGACCUAUUACAUACAGGCGGAACCUUCCACCAACGUCGUUCAGCAUAUAUUUUUCUGUCACGAUAAGUCCUUUGAAAUGUGGAGGGCAUUCCCGCAUGUGCUUAUGAUCGACGCUACCUACAAGACUAACAUGUACAAUCUUCCAUUUUUGCAAGUUGUGGGUAUGUCGUCGACAAACCACACCUUCUGUGUUGCGCAUGCAUUUCUUUCAAACGAGCAGGAGGCAACGUACGUCUGGGUAUUGGAGAGGGUCAGGUCUAUGCUGCACGAGUGCAUGGAGCCGCGUGUAAUUCUAACGGACAGGGACCAGGCACUGAUAAACGCGUGUAGAAAAAUAUUCCCUGGCGCACACAGAUAUCUUUGCAGGUUCCACAUCUUACAAAAUAUUGUGAAGUACUGCAAGGGUUCGUUUAAUGGGCAAGAUUGGGAAGCCUUUAUAAAUCAGUGGAAAACAGUGUGUAAUUCCGCUACCGAAGAGUUAUACAAAUAUAAUGUCCUCAACCUUCAGAGACACCUUGUCAAUCAACAACUUACAUAUGUUUUUAGUUACCUAUGGAAUAACUGGUUAAGCACCUCCAGACAAUUGUUCGUAUCUGCAUGGACCAAUCAAACCCUGACAUUCAUGCAAAGUACAACAAACAGAGCUGAAGGCGCACAUGCUGCAUUAAAGAAACAGCUUACUACACCGAGAUGCAGUCUGGAAUCACUGGUGAAAAAGGUGGACACCUUGGUACUAAAGCAAUAUGCGCAAAUAAAGAAAUCCUUGGAAGAAAGCCGCACCAAGCGAAUGAACAGCCACCUUCAGAUUCCUAUGUUUUCCAACCUACUUCUUAAAGUUUCCAUCCAUGCUCUUAACCUAUUGGAAAACGAGCUAACACGGAGAACAGACACGUUGCAGUCAUUCGGAUCAACAUGUGGCUGCCAGCUGUACUCGGGUGCCGGGUUGUUAUAUGCAUGUCGCCUGGAGAGAUUGCAGAAUACAGAUUGCAUCAUUCAGCUCGAAGAUAUAGACAUUUUCUGCAGAAAACUUGACCUGAACGCAUCAAAUAUUAAUGAGGAAGAUGUUGAUGUAGACAAACAAUUAGAAUAUGUGAAACAAAAAUUGUCUACCCAACCCCCGCAAGUGAGGAAAAGCGUCUUAUCGAAGAUCAUAGCGGUGGUAAACCCAUAUAUGAGCGACAAAAAACCGUCUGUCGUACAAGAAAACACUCGCGGGCGACCAACUUCCAAGGUCCAAUAA